ACAAAAUUGAACUGCUGCCUGUCAGAAAAUAGGCGAAAAUUCUCCCCCCGGAUCCAGCAAGCCUAAUCCCCCACGCGUGACGGUGCCCGGGCCCGGUUCCGACGCGGAGACCUCGGCGUUGCCCAACGCUUUAAAUAACUUUCGACUGGUACUUCAUCGCCUCUUAUCAUAUCUUUCGUACAUACCUGAAGAGUCAGUCGCGGCGACGUGCAAGUAGCUGUAGCAUCGCAGCUUCCACUCUCUUAGGCUGAGCGAGCGAAUUCUAGCCAACGUCGGCCCAAAUGUCGUUCAACCCGGCCGCGCGAGCGUUCCACGAACCUGUGGACCUCGCGUCACCGGAUGUGCUCUCUUUUCUCCGUUCUAUUGGGUCUCUAACCCUUAUAGUCAUCCCGGCAGUCUAUUAUCUCUCCUUCCUGAGACCCAUCAGAAACUUCGCCAACAAUCUUCUCCCUGACAUUGCCAGUCUCGAGUCCUUGAUACCGCCUCGGCCAGCCUCGCGAGAUGAGCUCCGCAAGGCACGUCGGUACAAAUCAAAAGUGUGGCUUCAGACCGUCCUUGUCGUUCUAGGCCUCGCCGAGGUCGCAGUCUGGACAGGUAUCACGGGCAGCAAGAUCAUGACAACGCGAGGCAGAGAGGCAGUCAGAGACAUCUUGCUCUCUGUAGGAAUGGUCUUUGUCUGGGCCGUUCUUGCCCUGCGUCCCCUUCUCCGGGCACCUAACAGUCCUCCCUGGUCCGCCUUGUCCAUCUACCUUCUCUUGUGGAUCAUUUCAUUGGCCUCCCUGAGUUUGGCCUGGUUUGAAUAUGCUAGCACAGGCCACCUGCCAUCAUGGGCCGAUAAGCAGCAUCUGAUCAUGGAGGGUCUAAACUUGUCUGCGACAACCAUUCUUGUUGGGUCGAUUGGGACGCUUAGAUUGGCGAGCCCCGAGGCUUUGACGCAAGUGCCGUACGUGUCACCAGACGACGAGGUCAGGCUAUUCUCAUGGCUCACAUUCAUCUGGCUCAACCCAUUCAUCGCUUUCGGGAGUCGCAAGGAAAUGGACGAGAACGAUCUUCCUGUCAUCUCCAUGACCAUGCAAUCGGCCGUCAUCUUUGACCGAUUCAAGCAGACCCAAGCCAGAUCUCUACUGUUUCAACUCCUCAAGGCUCACAGACUUGACCUCUUUUUUGACGCUUUUUUCACCCUCACCGGUGUGGUCUUCAACUACGCCGGACCAUUCUUUUUGAAGCGGAUCUUGGAGGGUUUGACCAUCGCUACACCAGAAGCUCUAUCUGCGGCAUAUGUCUUUGCCGCGCUAGCUCUCGUUGCUUCAUGUGCCAAGGGCGUGACCGAUCUGCUCCACCUUUACUACAGUCGACGAGCUUCCGUUAGAAUCAAGGCUGGUCUUACGACUACCAUUUAUGACAAGGCGCUACGCCGCAAGGAUGCCUCUGGAGUAGUGGCUCCGAAGCCUGGAGACGAGAAGAAGGAUGGUGGUGGACAGAACAACUCAAACGCCGACGCUGGAAAGGUGGUCAACCUCAUGGCCGCCGACACGAAUCGGAUUGCCAAUAUCAUUGCCGGCAUGUACUUCCUUUACGGAUCACCAUUCGAGAUCAUCGUUGCGGCCACAUUCCUGUACCAAAUUCUCGGAUGGUCUGCGUUUGCUGGCAUCGUCGUGCUCUGCAUCGUUGCACCCCUCAACUCUCUCAUCUCCAAACAGAGUGUCCAGAUCACUCAAGAUUUGCUCAAAAAGCGAGAUAAACGAGUUGGGAUCGUCACUGAAUUGAUCAAUGCUAUUCAAUUUAUCAAAUUCUUUGCUUGGGUCGAGAAUUGGAAGGCACGUGUGGCUGAGGCACGACGACAAGAGAUGAAGACGUACAUCAGAUCCAUGAUCAACAACUUGUGGUUUGCUCUUCUGUGGAACCUCGCACCCAUGCUGGUCACUUUGUUAUCCUUCUUCUGCUUCAUUGUCAUUGAGAAGAAGGAACUCACUGUCUCUGUCGCAUUCACUUCCAUCUCGCUAUUCACCAUGCUGCGAUUGCCCCUCAAUGUCAUUCCAACUUACAUCGUCUUCAUGCUCCAAGCUCACGUCUCCGUCAAGAGAAUCCAAGAGUUUUUGGAAGAGGACGAAGUCCCUGAAUGGGUCUCAUCUUUAAAGCGAAGUCCGUAUGCCAGAUCCACCGAUGCGACAAAGAUCGGAUUCGUCAAUGCGACCCUUAAAUGGAACUCUGGCACACAGAAGCAAGAAGCCGCCUCGAAAGACAAAUCCAAGAAGAAGGGCCAGUCCCCUUUGCCCAGUCAGGAGGAAUCCACGGCCAAUGGCGACAACGAGGUGUUCCAUCUUUCCAAUCUGAACGUCAAUUUCCCCAUUGGCAAGCUUACGUGUAUCACCGGACCCACAGGGUCAGGGAAGACAGCGAUCUUGGUCGCUCUGCUGGGCGAGAUGGAAUUGAUUGAAGGAUCCAGUUCCCUACCAAAGGAUACCAUGCGAGUUGACCCAAAAACCGGGCUGCGGAACAGCGUGUCCUAUGCCGCUCAGACACCUUGGCUGCAGCAGCAAUCGAUCAAGGACAACAUUUUGUUUGGUGAAAAGUUUGACGAAGACCGAUAUGAAGCCACCGUUGAGGCUUGCGCAUUAAAUCCCGAUUUUGACAUGCUCGAAGACGGAGACAUGACGGAAAUUGGUGCUAAGGGAGUCUCUUUGAGUGGAGGUCAAAAAGCCCGUGUCGCAUUGGCCCGAGCAAUCUAUUCGUAUACCCAGCACGUUCUCCUCGACGACCCUCUCGCUGCGGUCGACUCCCACACUGCCAAGCAUCUCACUGACAAAUGUCUCAAUGGACCGCUAUUGAAAGGCCGAACGGUCAUUAUCGUCUCGCACCAUGUCGAGCUACUCUUGCCUUGUGCUGGGUACCUCGUUCGUAUCCUGGACGGACGCAUCGAUGCGCAAGGGACGCCCGACGAGAUUCGGGCGGCAGGCAAUCUGGACGGUCUGAUCAAGAUUGAGGAGGCCGAGAUCGUCAAAAAAGAAGGUAUCGUAGUGAACGAAGAGGUCGCAGAUGAAGUACAGGUGGUGGACGGAGAGAAGAGUGUUCAGGAGGUUAAGAAAAAGCGGAAAGAAGGACCCGGCAAGAAGCUCAUCAAGGAUGAGGAGCGAGCUGUCGGUAAUGUCAAGUGGGAGACCUACAAGCUCUACAUCAUCUCCGCGACCUACAUCACAUGGGUGGUCUCGUUCGUCGUUUUGAUCAUGGGGCAGUUCACCUCAGUGGGAGAACGGUUCUGGCUUAAGCUUUGGGGCGAAGCGUACAAUACGCAGCUGCAGUCGAUGAUGGCGUUUGUCCGUCCAGGCUUCUUUGGGAUUCAUGAUCAGUCUCACCAACACGUAAUGAGCGACCAUUCUCACCAUAUUUUGCAUCACAGUCCCAUGAGUAAUGGGACGAUGGGAGUUCUUGAUGUGAAACCCAGUGGAUCCUGGCGCUCGCGACUGCCAUCGGCAACGGCGCAUCCCGAGUUCUACUUGGCGGGUUAUACGAUUAUCAUCCUUUCCGAUGCAUUGUUGGGUGUCGUGCAGAACGCUGUGUCUAGUUGGGGACAAUACAGAGCAGCAGUCCGGCUGCACGACCGACUUUUGGACUCUGUCGUCAGAGGCACCAUCCGCUUCUUCAAUGUGACGCCUGUCGGUCGUAUCAUCAAUCGUUUCUCGCGAGAUAUUGAAUCUGUCGAUUCAUCUGUCAACUGGAUCUUGAAAGCGAUCAUCAACUAUAUCGUCAAUCUCAUAGCCGCAAUUAUCAUUGUAGCCAUCAUUGUGCCUUGGUUCUUGGUCCCUGCGGUAAUCAUCAGCUACAUCUACUGGCGGUACUCCGUCAUCUAUCUCCGUGUGGGACGGAGUCUGAGACGGCUAGAGUCGACUCUCAGAUCACCGAUUUUCUCUGGAUUUGCCGAACUUCUCGAUGGAGUCGUUUCAGUUCGGGCAUUCUCUGUUGAACCUAGGUUCAUGAAACAGCUGUGCGAACGUGUAGAUAUGACGAGUGCGGCGCAUUAUCAAGUCUGGAUGAUGAAUCGUUGGCUGUUGCUCCGAUUUGACAUUCUCGGCGCCUUUUCAGUCUUCCUGACGACCAUUCUUACGUUGAGUGGGACGGUCGCCGCCGGUUCAGCAGGUAUGGCCAUCCUCUCGGCUCAAGGCUUUGUCUCUGCAUGCUACUGGACCUCCCGGUUCUGGGGACAACUCGAGAUGGAUUUCAACUCGGUCGAACGUGUUCAAGAAUACCUCGAGAUACCCAAGGAGCCUCCAGCCACGAUUGCCAACCGCAAACCGCCUGCAUAUUGGCCAUCAACUGAAAGUGGCGACCACUUCUUGGAGGUCGAAGACCUCGAGAUCAAGUAUGAUCCCGAGUUGCCGACCGUUUUUAAAGGCUCUUUCAGCAUCAAGGCGGGGGAGAAGAUUGGUCUGAUUGGUCGAACGGGAUCUGGCAAGUCUACGCUCGCCAUGUCUCUAUUACGUUUCUCCGAGCCAUACUCUGGGAAGAUCGUGCUGGAUGGUAUUGAUAUCACCUCUAUCGGAGUUGACGACCUUCGAUCUCGAAUCACGUAUAUUCCCCAAGAUGCCGUUCUGUUUUCCGGCACAGUCAAGGAGAACCUUGAUCCGUUCAACGAGCACUCGGAGGAUGAAUUGAUGGAAACCCUUGCCAGGGUUGGACUGGGUCAAAAUGCUUCGCCUCCGACGAGCCGCAUUCCCAGUCGAGUGCCUUCUUCCAAUCGGCUCGCUGCCAUCGCCGCGGAGCAUGCCCAAGAGAUGGAGGGGUCUGGUACACUGACGCCAUCGAGCGCCGCCGGCAAGCAUAUCAUUACCUUGUCCUCAGAAGUUUCUUCAGGUGGAACCAACUUUUCUCAAGGACAAAGACAGCUCGUGGCCAUGGCCAGAGCUCUGCUGAGGCGGUCGAACCUGAUUAUCAUGGACGAAGCCACGGCUUCAGUUGACUUUGCAACCGACGAGUCUCUGCAAAGGACCAUCCGAACCGAGUUCAAGAACUCUACCCUGUUGACCAUUGCGCACCGACUGUCGUCCGUCAUUGACUAUGACCGCCUGUUGGUCUUGUCCGAUGGCAAAGUUGCUGAAUUCGAUACUCCGAUUAACCUCUUACGAAAAGAAGAGUCACUGUUCAAGUCGUUGUGUGAGAAUUCGGGCAAGUAUAAGGAAUUGUUCAAGGCUGCGGAGAAGAAGGAAGCCGAGGGACGAGGUAGCACUUUGGCCGCUUAGACGCAGCGUGCCUGGCUGUAUAUCUUCUGGUAGUAGGUGGUCUUGAAAUCGGGUGGACGGCAUCAAACUAGACAGGUCAUGCAUGCGAUAUCACCA